GGUAAGACCUCACAGACAGGAAGUCAGAUCAACAAUCACCACAGACCAGGCAGCAGAGCACACACACACAUUUGGGACACUACUGGAGACACAGUCCCAGAACUACUGGCUGAUGUUCCUACACUCUGGAGCGAGCCUCCUCACAAACACAGCAGUGAAACUGCACACACACACCAGAUCCAAAAUGCUCAGCGUUCAGGAGCGCAAGCCCAAGAGGCCUCACUACAUCCCACGGCCCCCAGGCAAGCCCUACAAGUACCAGUGUUUCCAGUGCCCAUUCACCUGCAACGAGAAGUCUCACCUGUUCAACCACAUGAAGUACAACCUCUGUAAGAACUCCAUAUCACUGGUGUCUCAGAAAGGAGGCCACACAGGGAGGCAGACCAAGACCCCUGGCCCUGCCAAUGACAAACUGGCAUCUUUAACCCUGAAAGAUAAAUCAGGGCCACUUCCUGUGGAACGGCUCAUGACCCCUGAGGGUCACAGAGGAGGAGUGGAGAACAGGAGAGAAGAGAAGGAGGAGAAGGAGGAGAGAGAGGAGAAGGAGGAGAGAGAGGAGAAGGAGGAGAGAGAGGAGGAGAAGGAGGAGGAGAAGGAGGAGAGAGAGGAGGCGUGUGGGAGGCCAGUCAGGAAAGACAUUCAGAGUGUGAUUAAAUCAGACACAAAGGAACUGAAAGAGGCCAAGGCUUUGCCACGCCCGUCAGCCUUCUCCCAAGUCACACCCAAUCGGGAGAACCCAGAAGGCGCGCUAAAGUCGUCCCACAACCAAUCAGGGGAGCCGUCUCUGACUCCACCCAUGCCAUCAUUCCAUAACCCCACCUUCGCCUGCGGCCCAAUGGCAACAGCCUCCAUGCCGCUGAAGCCCCUCCCACCUCACAUAAUACCUGAGUACCCUCCCUACCUGUUUCCUGAUCGCCACCCGGCCCUCCACCCCCUCUACCAGCCCUACUUCAUCCCAGGGACGCAUCACCUUUCUGGGCCAAACUCCCAGACUUACCGGCCUAGCUUCCUGGAGAACCCACAAAGACCUGUGAUACCCAUGAACUCGGACCACUCCCACCCAUCUCUCAUCCCUCCAUACCCCUACAGAUACGGUCUCCCCCUGCCCUAUGGCCUGUACCGCCCCUCGGACCACCACCACCCCAUCCCUCUCCCAGGCUCCAGGUACCAUCCUCUGGAUGUGUACGGCCCAGGACCAGGCCCCGGCCUGGGACCUAGGGACUAUGACUUUUACCUCCACCCCAGGCUCCAUGGUGAACCCCACAGCAGACCCACGGAGGAAGGGACCAGCCAGGUGGAGCAGAGCAGAGACAAGCCCACCAGACUGAGCCCCAUGGAGGGGUGUUCUGCCUUGGGCUCUCCUGACAGACCCAGCCCUCCACACCCCUUCACCCAGAGAGACACUACUGAGGGUUCCAGAUGUACCGUCCUGGGAGAACCACAGCCUGUCAACCAAUCAGGAGGACCAGAGCCAGCCUCGCAGCCAAUCAGAGUAGACGCGAGCAAAGAGGACGCACCACAGAGCUUGAUGACGCACAUGGAAAGAGGGUCGGCAGCCAACCGCACAGAGCACUCCACCUCUGACGAAAGCAACGACUCCUCAUCUGAACGAGAUGGUGACGACGAUGAUGAUAAAGACACUGAGGAAGAUGUGAUGCCCCUGAACCUCUCCAAAAAGGACCAGGAGUCAGACCUCUUCACCAGCAGGGGGAGCUGUCCUGAAACAGGGCACCCGGAGGAGGACCUGCCACUGAACCUCAGCCUUAGGGCCACACCAGGCAGUCCAGAUCACUGCUCCAAAAUGGCCGCCACAGGGAGGGAGUUUGUUAGUGUCCAACCAGGCAACCCAGACCAUUGCUCCAAAAUGGCCACCUUAAUCGCAGUGGAUCUCAGUCAACAGGGCUCCAGCCCAGCUCCCACCCAAACAGACAAGGAGCCCAGUGACCAACAGAGACAGACUGCAGCCCUGGCUCUCUGCCAGCUGGCUAGCUCCUCCUCUUCCUCCAGCUGCAGCCUCAGCUCUAUGGCAGCAGACAGCCCGUCAGUAUGCCCAACACCAACAGAGUGCCCCUGUCCCCCAACAACCACAGCCCUCACCAGAGAGGUGAAACACACAACUUCAGGCCUCACCAGAGAGGUGAAACACACAACUUCAGGCCUCACCAGAGAGGUGAAACACACAACUUCAGGCCUCACCAGAGAGGUGAAACACACAACCACAGGCCUCACCAGAGAGGUGAAACACACAACCACAGGCCUCACCAGAGAGGUGAAACACACAACCACAGGCCUCACCAGAGAGGUGAAACACACAACUUCAGGCCUCACCAGAGAGGUGAAACACACAACCACAGGCCUCACCAGAGAGGUGAAACACACAACUUCAGGCCUCACCAGAGAGGUGAAACACACAACUUCAGGCCUCACCAGAGAGGUGAAACACACAACUUCAGGCCUCACCAGAGAGGUGAAACACACAACCACAGGCCUCACCAAAGAGGUGAAACACACAACCACAGGCCUCACCAGAGAGGUGAAACACACAACCACAGGCCUCACCAGAGAGGUGAAACACACAACCACAGGCCUCACCAGAGAGGUGAAACACACAACCACAGGCCUCACCAGAGAGGUGAAACACACAACCACAGGCCUCACCAGAGAGGUGAAACACACAACCACAGGCCUCACCAGAGAGGUGAAACACACAACUUCAGGCCUCUCCAGAGAGGUGAAACAGGAACACACAGCCAAGGGCCAGACUGAACAGUCUAGUACCAAAGUUAGGGGGGUGAAGAGAGCUGCCAGGGGAGAGAGCCAGCUCCCAGCCAGGAAAAACACCAAGUUUACAGCACCUCACAAACAGAGACAGACUAAGAGGGCCCGGGUGGUGAAGGAGACAGGAGGAGGGAGAGCACUGAGGAGGAGACCUCUCUGCUGCUGAACACAGUGACAGUUCAACCAAUACCCAUCCACCAGACACAGGAAGUCCACAGGACCUCAAAACCCCCAUGGCCUCUAGUCUAGGACCAGGAUGUGAAGGAGUAAAGUGGAGCUGUACAGUUGAACCUCCACGGACACUCCCCUGUCUGUCUACAGGACGAUCAAAUGUUUACCAAGCGCUAAAAGCAAGACCAGCAUGUGAUGGUGUCUACCGUAGGCUACAGGGAAAACCCCUUUUCAAAAAUAACUCCUCACCUGCACUGACUUGACCCAAAUAGCCUUUCAUAUAAAUGUUAACCCUUUAUAUCUGAUCACAGAACACUGUAUAUAACAAGGGUGGAACUAUUUAAGUGACUAUAAUAUUUGGUAUACUACAAGGUGCAUGGUGGUGGGAUAAGGUGUAUAUAUUUAAUAUGGUUCUAAAAAGCAUUACCAAAAUAAAAUCUGUCCAUAUCUA